AUGGAUGAUGGAGAGGAAAUGUUGGGACUUUUGGUUCUGGGUGCUGGUUUUCUAUUGCUGCGUCGCAGAGAAAAAUCAAAAAAGUGGGCUAACAGAAGGUGGUGGAUCCGUCCCAUCAACUGUCAACGUAACAAUCAAGGAGAUUAUAUGAAUUUGCUGCAAGAAAUGAAAUUAGAUUCGGUGAUGUUUUUUCGUUAUACCCGAAUGACAUUACCACUUUUUAACAAUUUGCUCGAAAGGAUAAGAGCACAUUUGAUAAAAAGAAAUUGGAGAGCUUUGGAACCGGAAUAUCUUGCAACUGGAGAUUUGCCACUGUCUAUUGCGUUAGCUUACCGUGUUGGUGAAUCAACAGUUUAUAAGGUAGUGAAAGAAACUUGCGAUACGUUAAUAAACGUACUGGCACCUUUAUAUUUGCGGACCCCAACCAGAGAAGAGUGGAAAAAAAUUUGCAGUGGCUUUUGGAGUAACUGGAACUUCCCAAAUUGUGUAGGGGCCGUAGAUGGCAAACAUGUGCAAAUUGACGCACCGCCCAAUUCUGGAAGCUUGUAUUAUAAUUACAAGAAAACUUUCAGCAUUGUGCUGAUGGCAGCCUGCGACUAUGAAUACAAGUUUACACUUGUAGACGUUGGAGCUUACGGAAGCAACAACGACGCUGGUGUUUUUUCCCGAUCCAAUUUUGGACAAGCUCUGCUUGAUGGAGAACUCGAUUUGCCAGAAGGUAGAACAAGGUUACCUGGAAGUAAUUCAGAGACACAUUGUUUUUUUGUCGGUGAUGAAGCAUUUCAGUUGACAAAGAACAUGAUGAGACCAUAUUCUGGUAGAAAUUUACCCGAGGACCAAGCAAUUUUUAACUACCGACUCUCGCGGGCCAGAAGGACAAUUGAAAAUACUUUUGGAAUUCUCGCAGCACGCUGGAGAAUUUUUACUCACCCAAUCUCGUUGCAUCCUGAUAGUGCGGACAAAAUUAUUAUGGCUUGUUUGUGUCUCCAUAACUUUCUUAUGACAGAAAACAACCGAUUGCAAGCAAGAGAGAGGACAUACUGUCCGAGUCAUUACAUAGAUACGGAAUUGGACAAUGGUGAUGUUAUUCUUGGAGAAUGGCGAAAGGAGAAUGCUACGGGAAUUCAAAAUCUUAGAUCAUCAAGCGCGCAUCGAGCAAGAACCGAAGCAUACAGUCAAAGAGAUAUAUUAAAAGACUAUUGUUUGACUCCUGAAGGUGAAGUAACAUGGCAGUACGCAUACGUGCGCAGAGGUUUCAAUGGAGAAGAUCCUUCUGAAAAUUAAUUUAACAUAUUAACGUGAAUUCAAAAGAUUAACAUGACUUUUCUCAUAAAAUUAAA